AUGUCCUCUACUGUGAAUAACGGGGCGGCCAGCAUGCCACCCCCGGCCGACGCCGCGAACGGCUUCCCGCAGCCGGGCGCGUCCUCCGGGGCCUGGCCGCGCGCAGACGAGGACAUGCGCGCCGCCGAGCCCGGACUGGUGAAGCGCGCGCACCGCGAGAUCCUGGAUCACGAGCGCAAGCGGCGCGUGGAGCUCAAGUGCAUGGAGCUGCAGGAGAUGAUGGAGGAGCAGGGGUACUCGGAGGAGGAGAUCCGGCAGAAGGUGGGAACCUUCCGGCAGAUGCUGAUGGAGAAGGAGGGUGUGCUCACCAGGGAGGACCGGCCUGGGGGCCACAUCAUGGCAGAGACCCCACGGUUGACCGAAGGUGCCGACCCGGGCCUCGAGUACGCAACCUUCGACGAGGAUGACGGCCCAGUGGACUGUGACUGCCCUGCAGCCUGCUAUCGUGGACAGCGGGGGUACAGGACCAAGCACUGGUCCAGCAGCUCGGUGUCACCCCCUCCCAAGAAAAAGAAGAAGAAGAAAGGAAGCCACCGGAGGAGCCGAAAAAAGAGGCGACUAGACUCGGAGUGCAGCUGUGGGAGCGUCUCACCCCUACGCAAGAAGAAGAAGAGCGUGAAGAAGCACCGUAGAGACAGGUCUGAUUCUGGGUCCCAAAGGAAGAGAAGGCACAGAUCUCGAAGCCCCAAGAGCAAAAGAAAAGAGAAAAACAAAGAGAGGAAGAGGCUGCACGGGGAGUCCCCAGGCCGGAGGUCCCAUCGCCACAGCAGCGGCAGCUCCCAUAGCCCCUCCCUCUCCUCCCACUACAGCGAUUCCGGGUCACCCAGCAGGCUGAGCCCCAGGCCCCGAGACGAGGGGCGAAGGACAGGCAGUCAGCGGUCCAGCGGGAGCCGGUCGCCUUCCCCGUCCGGUGGCAGUGGAUGGGGGUCGCCCCAGCAGAACGGCGGCAGCGGGCAGCGAAGCGGAGCGCACGGGGCGCGCCCGGAACCUGCGCAGUCCCCGCCCGAUAAGCCCAGCUCGCCCUCGCUCAGGGCCCGCGACAAGGCGGAGGCCGCGCCACCCACGCCGCCCGCGCGGGGCAAGGACAGCCCGAGCCCACGCUCGCCCAAGUCGUCGUCGCAGGGCCGGGGAGGCCGCGCGGCCGGUGGGCCAGCCAAGCGACGGAGGCGGAGGCGGCGGAGGUCGCGGUCGCUCAGCCGGGCCCCUUCCAGCAGCGACUCGGGAGGCGGCAGUGGCGGCGGGGGCGUCCCGGGCCCCGGGCCCGAGCCCAGCUCCGAGCGAGGCCACGGCGGACACGGGAAACGGGCCAAGGAGCGGCCUGCACGCGCGCGCCCCGCCAGCCCCUCGCCGUCCCCGGGCGCGCACGGCCGUCAUGGCGGCCCCGACGGGAAGAGCUCGUCGCGCAGCCCUGACGCCCACCCCCGCUCGUGGAGCUCCAGCCGCUCGCCCUCCAAGUCCCGCUCGCGCUCGGCGGAGAAGCGGACCCGCAGCCCCAGCCGCUCGCCCCGCUCGUCGUCGCCCAAGAAGGCUCCGGGCCGGGACAAGGAUGCCGAGGGCCGCGCGAGGCACGCCGAGGCCGAGGCCGCGCGCACGCGGCGCCGCUCCCGCAGCUACUCGCCCAUCCGCAAGCGGCGCCGGGACUCGCCCAGCUUCAUGGAGCCUCGGCGCAUCACCAGUGCCCGCAAGCGCCCGAUCCCGUACUACCGGCCCAGCCCCUCCUCCUCCUCCAGCUGCCUGAGCAGUGACUACUCCAGCCGGAGCCACAGCCACGGAAGCUACAGCAGCCGGAGCCGUGGGACUCGCAGCCGCAGCCGCAGCCCCUCCCGGACCCCCAGCCCCAGCUACCACAGCCGGAGCAGCUCAGAGAGUGGGGGCUUCUGA